AAAAAUCGUGUCGUGGCUGGAAACUCAAAUCAACCCUGCCAGGCCAUCAAUUUUCAACGAUCGUUCCGGAAGCAGCUGCCCUUGGGUUGAUACUUUCUUCGGGUCGAAAACAAUCCUAACAUCAAUCUGAUCAGUCUAAUUCAAAACUGGAAUCAAUUUAGCCUACACCAUAUAUGCACUACGAACUAUUGGACGCUAUGAAGAAGAAGGAAAGUUAAUUUCCCCCGAAACGGUUAGUGGUAUGCGAAGAAUACAACUAUCCGUUUAACCACGACCGUUCGUUCCGGGGCGUAGAUGCACUACCUGGAAGAUCAUCAGAAAUGCUUGGACAGCGAAGUUAAGCAGUAUGAUGCUAACAAUGACAAGUUUCAAUUCUUAGUAACCAGUAGUGAUUACGAUCCGACGUUGGCAGCCGAAACUGACAUCUAUACUGAGAUGGCAAAAGAUGCACAACCUACUCGUAGUAACAAGGAUGAAACGGAAAUCAGUCGCCUGUUAGGCACUCAACAAAAAACUACUCAACGUUGCCUUGAGUUCAACACCGAAAGUGUCAAAAAUAAUAUCCUUCUGGUGUGCAAUCUACUGUAUCUAACCAACACCAACAACCGACAUGUCGACGGAACAUUUGCGUCAUGUUUGAAAAAAUAUAUGUCCGUUGAAAAAACUACACCGGCCUGGUCCUUUAAUAUUUUACGCUGUUAUUACAGAAAACCCCCACCGUCGUUCAACUUGAAUGCGUCUAAUCAAGGCCAGCAGAAAUCAUGGUUCCCGCUGGGCUUCCGAAUGACGUUGGAUAAGAAGGAGAAAUUGGAAAUUGGAUCGUUAAAAACUGAUGAAGGCUCUGAUGCUCACGAAAGCUGCAAACUAAGUGAAUAUGCCGUUCCGAAAAUCAAAAAGUAUCGCUUGUCGGCGGCCGUUUGCUACAUCAAUGACAGAACUCAGUGUAAUAUGGUAGCUUUGGUGCACGUACGAAAGAGCUAG